UCCAUGUUUUAUAGGCAUUAAAAUACCUAAUCAUUCACUUUGGAGCUUGCUUUUCUAACUCAUUGUUGGUAGAGUUCUCUUUAAUGCAACAUUACUCCCUUCCUGCAAUGUAAUUUGUUUUAAGAAAUCAAUUGUCUUCUAACUGCAUUUGUUGUUUGCAGUCUCCCAUGAUAAGACGGCCUCCUACUGUUAUUUGUUAUAUUUGUGGCCGUGAGUAUGGAACCCAUUCCAUAAGCAUCCAUGAACCACAGUGUCUGAAAAAAUGGCAUAUUGAGAACAAUCAACUGCCAAAACAUUUGCGAAGACCUGAACCUGUGAAGCCAGUUGCCACUCCCAUAGGAGCCAAAGGUUACUAUGAUCUUGAUGCUUUAAAUGAGUCUGCUUGGCAAAGCGCCCAGAGUCAGCUGGUUCCAUGUGGUAUUUGUGGCCGUACCUUCCUGCCAGACAGACUGAUCGUCCACCAGCGUUCAUGUAAACCAAAGAUACCAAAAUAAAGUGCUCCUCAUGUCAAGGAUUUAAAG